AGUCAAUGACGUCAGAGCACCAACUUUUCUGAAGAGAGCUUAUAGAAGCUCGUAUAUUUUAUGAGCACAGAAAAGUAUUUUUUAACGUCACCGAAUACGAUUUCCGAAAUUUUAAACAUGAGAUAAUAUAUCAAUACGUUUAUACGUGACGUCAGCAGCAUGUAUAGAUGUAAACACAGUUCGUUCAAAUGGACAGUGUUUAUAUUAUUCCUGAUGAUAAAACAGCAGCAGUCUGUUAUAUCUUCAUCUCUGGAGGUUCAAGUGAAUGUUGACAAGCCGCUACGAAACUUCAAGCACUUUUGGAGAAGCACUGGAUUCUGCCCUCCACAGCCGCACACUGAUGCACACCUGUAUGAUCUCAGUCCAGACCAGCAGAUGAAUCUGGCGUUGAUCGGCUCUGUGCCGCACAGAGGAAUCCAGCAGGUGCGGAUACACUGGAUGCUGGAGCUGGUUUCCGCACGAGUUUACAAUGGAGAAUAUCACUACAACUUCACUCACUUAGACCAGCUGAUUGACCUUCUCUGGCAGAAUGGACUGCAGCCGGGGUUUGAACUGAUGGGCAGUGUGUCCAGCACCUUCAGCAACUUUGAAGACAAAAGACAAGUUACUGAAUGGAGAAAUUUGGUCUAUUUGAUCGCCAAAAGAUACAUAUGGAAAUAUGGCCUCAGCUUUGUCUCUCAGUGGAACUUCGAGACGUGGAAUGAGCCCAACAACCACGACUUUGACAACAUCACUGUGUCAAUCCAAGGGUUUCUGAACUAUUAUGAUGCCUGCUCUGAGGGCCUUCGUGCAGCGAGUCCGGUCUUGAAGUUCGGGGGUCCGGGAGACUCCUGUCAUUCUCCGCCCCGCUCGCCGUACUGCUGGGAGAUGCUACAGCACUGUUACAACGGCACAAACUACUUUACUGGAGAGACCGACGUAAGGCUAGACUACAUCGCACUACACAAGAAGGGAGGUGGAAGCUCGUUACCCAUCCUGCAGCAGGAAGUGGCCACUGUGCGGGAGAUCCAGCAGCGGUUUCCACAGUUUCAUGCUGUGCCGAUCUUCAAUGACGAGGCUGAUCCGCUGGUUGGCUGGAACAAACCGCUCGCCUGGAGAGCGGAUGUCACCUACGCAGCCAUGGUGGUUAAGGUCAUCUCACAGCAUCAGAACCUGCUCAUCGCUGACCAGAACAGUACCGUCAACUACACUCUGCUUAGCAACGACAAUGCUUUCCUUAGUUACCACCCACACCCGUUUACCCAGCGCACGCUCACCGCUCGAUUCCAGAUCAACAACACAAACCCGCCACACGUGCAGUUACUACGGAAACCGGUCCUGACUGUGAUGGGCCUGUUGGCAUUGUUAGGUGAGACUCAGGUGCAGGCUCAGGUGUUGACUGACAGCUCUGAAGUGAAUUCAUCAGUGGGUGUGUUGGCCACCGUUCACGUCCCUCAGGUACCAUACACCGCCGAUAGCUGGCAGACCACCGUCCUGCUGUAUAACAGCAGAGAUAACCAGACCUCCUCAGCUGCUGACAUCAUCAGUCUGCGCCUCACUGGAAUACCUCAACGUGUGGGUCUGAUGUAUGUGACACACUACAUGGAUAAUAACGUGACAAACCCAUUUAAACUGUGGGAGAGCAUGGGCAGCCCUGACUAUCCCACUGCACAGCAGUUCACACAGCUGCGGAGCCAAGAGGAUCCACAGACUGAUGGACCUCUACCGGUCCCAUCUGGUGGCUCUCUGACGCUCAAGACAGUCCUUCCUGUCCCCUCUGUGCUGCUCAUACACGUGUGUGCCCAGUCUAAAGAAAAGCCCAACCAGGUGAACGGGGUGCGUUUCAUCACCGUCACCAAAGGACAAGUUCUGAUCAUUUGGAAGGAUCACUGCAUCGGCACGAAGUGUAUAAAGACAUAUGAAGUGGAAUUUUCCAAAGACGAGACCACUUUCCAGAGGAUUAAUCACAGAGACACUAUUUUCACAUACUUCACUUAUUCUCCAGAGAGUCUGGAGGUGAGCGGUUACUACAGAGUGAGAGCCGUGGAUUACUGGGGAAGAAAUGGAGAAUAUUCUGUCACAGAGAAAUAUCCAGAGAACCGGUAGUCUUGAUCAGCCAGACUUUUGAUUGUCCACCAGGGUUAUUAUUGAUAAAGGGUUAAUUAACCCAAAAAUGAAAAUUAAUUCUCACCCUCAAUUAACCUCAAUUUUAUGAAUCAAUGUGAGUGCUUUGUUUGCGCAAAAAAACAUAAUUUACCACUAUAUUAAUAUUUACAAAAUAUUAAUCACCCACACGCGUCCACAAAACGUCCGCUCACGCGCCAACACAACACGCAUCAUAGUACUCUCAUGAAUGCGCAUUUUAGAUUAAUAUUUUGUAAAUUAAGUGGUAAAUAAUUUCUUUGCGCAAACAAAGCACUCACGACGUUGCUUUAUAAAAUUGAGGUUAAACCACUGGAGUCACAUGGAUUACUUAAAUGAUGUCUUUACUACCUUUCUGGGGCUUGAAAGUGGUAGUUGCGUAUGCUGUCAAUGGAGGGACAGAAAGCUCUCAGAUUUCAUCAAAAAUAUCUUAAUUUGUGUUCCGAAGAUUACGGGUUUGGAACGACAGGAGGGUGAGUAAAUGAUGACAGAAUUUUCAUUUUUGGGUGAACUAACCUUUUAAGUAAAACUAAAACCAUAAAAAAAAGCAUUUUUGUAACAUGAAAUAAAAUGAAUGUUAACUGAAAUAAAAUAUACAAUGUAUAUAAAAAUA